UCCAUAUCACCAACUCCAGUAGGAAUGAAAUAAGAUUGACCCGUUUCCGUUCAGAUUUUGGUUAAUAAAAUUUGUAUUUAUUUAUUUAUUCAGCAUCAAUUGAACAUCGGAUCGGUUAUAAAACAAAUUCGCGAGAUAGAAAAGAGUUGUUGAAAACGAAGAAAACGAACGCUCUUCAAGAUUCGUUUAUUAUUACUGUAUAUUUUAUCUUAUAAAAAAAGGAGCAUUGAGCCAAUUGACAUCCAAUCUCAUAAUACUUUACAAUAGCGGUUGUUUCCCUUAUGUCAAAUUUAGCAGACGAGUUGUUAGCUGACUUGGGCGAUGAUUUUGAACGCCAACCUCAGAACGAGGAAGAAGAAAAGACUGAUAUUUUCGAAGCGAACAGCAAGAAGCGAAAAUUCGAGCAAUUAUCAGAAAAUGGAAAUGACCUUUCCGCCGAAUUGAAUAAUGAUUUAGACUCGAUAGAAGGCGUUGAAGAUGAGAACGAAAAACAGCAGCCAACAUUCACUGAAGCUGAUCGACUGAUUUACCCAUUUCUUCAUUCCGAUCGUUUAAACACCGUAGUUAAAAACAUUGAAAAAUACCAAGGCACUGAGAAGCAAGCCAUAUCUGGUAAUAUCGAAGAUGACCCGGAAUAUCAACUCAUCGUCGACUCGAAUUCAAUAGCUAUGGAAAUUGAUGAUGAGAUCUUACGUCUUCAUCGCUUGGUAAAGGAGUGGUAUCAUCAUCGUUUCCCAGAAUUAAGUGGACUUGUUUUGAACGCAUUUGAUUAUUGUAAAACCGUCUUGGCUCUUUUAAAUGAUCUUGAAAAUAGCAAAAGCAAACUUUCUUUUCUUCCUUCCGCGACAGUCAUGGUAAUCGCUACGACUUCGACUACGACAACGGGACGCCCGUUAUCCGAAAGCAUGAUUGAAAAUGUUAAACUUGGCUGCAUUGCAAUUGAAGAACUAAGCACAACCAAGACCAAAAUUAUAGACUACGUGCAGUCGAGAAUCAGUGUUGUUGCCCCAAAUCUUUCUAUUCUUGUGGGCUCGACAACAGCUGCUAAUUUAAUAGGAAUUGCCGGUGGUCUUACUAGAUUGGGUAAAUUUCCUGCUUGUAAUUUACCAGCAUUAGGUAAGAAGAGGCUGACGACGAUUGGGAUCAACAAUCCAGCCGUUAGUGGUGAUUACGGAUUUCUUUAUAUGUCCGGAAUCGUUCAAAAAACACCACCUGAUGCUCGAAAACAGGCAAUUCGUGUACUUGCUGCAAAAGUAGCGUUGGCUGCUCGAAUCGAUUCCAUUCACGAGUUUUCUGAUGGCUCUUUCGGUGUCCAAACACGAACAGAGGUAGAAAAAAAAAUUGAGAAGCUAUUAGAACCUCCAUCUCAACGACCUGUUGUCGCGUUACCGGUACCCGAUGACAAGCCUAAACGUCGUCGCGGUGGUAGACGAAUCCGUAAAAUGAAGGAACAAUACGCCGUCACUGAGCUUAGAAAAAUGCAAAACCGUGUUGCCUUUGGAAAACAAGAAGCUGAAGUUCUUAACUAUGAUGAAUCAGAAGGUCUUGGUAUGCUUGGCCAAGAAGGCGAAGGUAAAAUCCGUGCUGCUUCCAUCGAUACCCGCACCAAGCUGAAAAUUCCAAAAGCAAGAAAAGCUCAACUCCAAUCAAUGGCUCCGAAAAAUCCUCUUCAAGCCAGCGGUUUGCAAAGUUCGUUGUCGUUUACUCCAGUACAAGGUAUUGAACUAGUAAAUCCUUUAUUACAGAGACAAAAGCAAGUGGAAGACGCUAACAAGUGGUUCCGAGAUGGUGUAUUUACACAAAUAAAGAAGGAAUCCAGUGACAGUCAAAAAAAGUUUUCAUGAAUUAUUUAGAGAUACUUAGGUUAGGAAUUUUUAAUGAGAAUGCUUCAUGUAUAUAGUGCAGAAAAAUUACAAAGGAACGCAACCUGAAUAAACUAGACUAUGAAAAAAAAACUAGCUUAGAAAAAAGAUGAAACCGCUGAAGACUGAAGGUAGAAAAUCCAAUAAACCAGCUCUUUCAAAAAGUGAUUUCACAAAC